AUGAGUCAGGCUGAGGCUACACUGUGGGGAAUACGGCAAGGUGGUCGUGGGUUGGAGCGGUAUGUGGAGGAUUUUAUCGAGUUAUCCCACCAGGUAGGCUGGCCCGAAGCUUCUCUCUCCGCUGUGUUUGUUUUGGGGUUGGAUGAUGAGACGAUACGCUGCGAUCUUCCCGCUAGUAGUUUCUCCUUGAUCGAGCUAAUCAAUCUUAUUCUCUAUUUAAACGGAUCUGAUUUUGAAGUAGAGGUUCUAAGUCCGAUUCAGUCUCAUCUUCCAGUCCCCUCCCAGACGCAGCGCAACGUGCCAGCCUGCCCUAAGCCGAGAACCUCCACAUACCGUCCUAACGGCUCGAACCGCCAGACCAGUCCCACAUCACCAGUCAUCCUCCAGAGCUCCACUGUGGUCCUCAGCCCGAUGCAGCCGGCUUCCUCUCCGCGCUCAAGCCCGCCGGCUUCCUCUCCGCGCUCAAGCCCGCCGGCUUCCUCUCCGCGCUCAAGCCCGCCGGCCACCAGGCCCACGCCAGAGUCUGCACGCAAGAUGGCUGCCACGCCAGAGUCUGCACGCAAGAUGGCUGCCACGCCAGAGUCUGCACGCAAGAUGGCUGCCACGCCAGAGUCUGCACGCAAGAUGGCUGCCACGCCAGAGUCUGCACGCAAGAUGGCUGCCACGCCAGAGUCUGCACGCAAGAUGGCUGCCACGCCAGAGUCUGCACGUAAGAUGGCUGCCAUUUCAAAACCUGCUCAAGUCACGUCCACCAAGCCAAAGCAUGUUCACGCCAUGCCUGCCGCUCCAGGGCCUGCUCACGCCAUGCCUGCCGCUCCAGGGCCUGCUCACGCCAUGCCUGCCGCUCCAGGGCCUGCUCACGCCAUGCCUGCCGCUCCAGGGCCUGCUCACGCCAUGCCUGCCGCUCCAGGGCCUGCUCACGCCAUGCCUGCCGCUCCAGGGCCUGCUCACGCCAUGCCUGCCGCUCCAGGGCCUGCUCACGCCAUGCCAGAGUCUGCACGCAUGAUGGCCGCCAUCCCCAAACCUGUUCACAAGAUGGCCGCCAUCCCAGAGCCAGUCCACAAGAUGGCCGCCUUCCCCGAGCCUGUUCUCAAGAUGGCCGCCUUCACAGAACCAGUUCACAAGAUGGCCGCCUUCACAGAGCCAGUUCACAAGAUGGCCGCCUUCACAGAACCAGUUCAUAAGAUGGCCCACGUGCUGGACUCACCCCUAAUGGCUGUAUGGGGAGCAAAAAAGGCGAUCCGUCACGUCACGGCCACUGCUGCACAACCACGUCAGGCAACUGAGUCACGUCAGGCAACUGAGUCACGUCAGGCAACUGAGUCACGUCAGGCAACUGAGUCACGUCAAGCAACUGAGUCACGUCAAGACACAGCUGCUGUUCUCCAUGAGUCAAGCCAAGUCACAGCUGUGUUCCAAGAGCCAAGUCAAGAUACAGCUGUUGUUCCCCAGGAGUCAAGUCACGCUGCUGCUGCCGCCGCCGCGGAGUCAAGUCGUGCCUCAGCUGAUCUUCACAAAUCCAGUCUAGUCACUACAAGUCUAGCUUCCAAGUCACACAACGUCAAGGCUGUCGUUUCUGAGUCGAGUAGGCUCACAACUGGUCUCCAGGAACCACGUCAAGUCACCAAUGCUCUCCAAAGGUCUAGUCAAGUCACACCUGCUGUUCCAGCACAGUCAAGUCAUUUCACAGCUGCUGUUCCUACAAAGUCAAGUUAUGCCACAGCAGCUGUUCCCUCAAAGCUAAGUCUGAUCACAGCUGCUUGUCCCACAUCAAGUCAAGUUACAGCUAUCCCUUCAGAGCCAAGUCAAGUCACAGCUGUUUCACUUGAGCCAGGUUACGCCUCAUCUGACCACCCAGAGCCUAGUCACAUCUCGUCUAACCACUCCGAGCCUAGGCAUGCCUCGUCCGAUGGCCCAGGGUUGAGUCACGUCCUGUCCAACGGCCCAGUGUCUAGUCACAGCCCAUCCGACAUCCCAAGGUCACGACCUAACAUGACAGCCAGCGUAUUGGACCCACCACAACCACCCGCUGCGGCUCUUCCUUUGAUGGCAGUUGCUAUCUGGUGUGUAUGGGCUGCACACUGUGCCCCUGAGGCCAUGUCUGUUCAUACGUCAGUUUCUGAGGUCGCAUCUGGUCACCACCCUGCUCCAGAGCGCUCGUCUGAUCACAAGCCCGCUCUGGGACCACCCUCGGUCGGGAAGCUGCGCCAAUGCCUCCAGAGGUGUCAGCCACGGCUGUAGAUCCUCCAAUGGAGGCGGCGUCCCUCAACAACCUUUC